UAACCCAACUCAAGUCUCAAGUGACCACUACACACUGUCUCUCCCACUUGAGACUUGAGAGUUGAGAGAGUGUGUUUUGGCUUCCUCUUAUCAAAAUCAUUAUUCCAAAAAUCAGGAAUUUUGGUUUUUUUUUUAUUAAAAAGAAAAAGAAAAUGGGUGGCAAGAAAGAUGAGGAAUUCCAGCAAGGUGGUGCUGUUGAUUUAUUUGCUAACAAGUUUGCAGAUGAUGGGGAGUUUGAUGAUGAUGGCAAGCCCAAAAGAACUGGGACUGUAUGGAGUGCAAGCGCACACAUUAUAACAACAGUUAUCGGUUCUGGAGUUCUUUCACUAGCAUGGGGCACAGCACAGCUUGGUUGGAUAGGUGGAAUUGCAACCCUUGUAAUUUUUUCCUGCAUCACUAUCUAUACUUCAAAUCUUCUGGCAGAUUGUUAUAGAUCUCCUGAUCCAGUUACCGGAAAGAGGAAUUAUACAUACAUGGAGGAGGUCCGCGCCAAUUUAGGUAGACUGAACUGCAUUGCUUGUGGGAUAGUGCAGUAUGCCAACUUAAGUGGAAUGGUAAUCGGUUACACAAUUACUGCAUCCAUAAGUAUGGUGGCAAUCCAGAAGUCAAAUUGCUUUCACAAUAAAGGACAUGGUGCCCCUUGCAAGUUUAGUUGCAACCCUUACAUGAUUGGUUUAGGAUUUUUUGAAAUAUUUUUGUCUCAAAUACCCAACUUUCAUCAGCUAACAUGGUUGUCAACUAUUGCUGCGAUUAUGUCUUUUGGGUAUUCCACAAUUGGUAUUGGACUUGCACUUACCAUGAUCAUCUCAGGGAAAGGAGGAAGGACAACAUUAACAGGAGUUGAGGUGGGAAUAGAUGUAACAUCUGCUGAAAAGAUAUGGACUAUGUUCCGAGCACUUGGCGAUAUCGCAUUUGCUUACAGUUUUUCUCAAGUCCUGGUCGAAAUACAGGAUACAUUGAAAUCGGAGCCUGCAGAGAAUAAGGUGAUGAAGAAAGCAAACUCAAUCUCAGUAUUCAUAACAACGUCAUUCUACAUGAUGUGUGGAUGCUUAGGUUAUGCUGCAUUUGGAAAUAGUGCACCAGGGAACAUGUUAACAGGGUUCGGGUUUUACGAACCUUUCUGGUUAGUAGACUUGGCUAACAUCUUCAUUGUCAUCCACUUAGCGGGAGCAUAUCAGGUGUUUGCUCAGCCUGUGUACAGGCUGAUCGAGUCACGUGCCAGCGAGAAGUGGCCCACCUCAACAUUUGUAAAAGGAGAAUAUCCCAUCAAAAUAGGUAGCAAAAAAACUCUGUUCAGUAUCAACUUACUCAGACUUACUGGAAGAACCAUGUUUGUGAUUAUAGCAACCACAUUGGCAAUGGCGAUGCCCUUCUUCAACGACAUUCUUGCGUUCUUAGGGUCACUCGGAUUUUGGCCAUUGUCUGUGUAUUUCCCAGUCAGGAUGUUCAUCGCCAAAACAAAGAUCGAAAAAUGGUCCAUGAAGUGGUCUAUGUUACAACUUCUUAACCUGCUUUGUUUCCUUGUAUCGUUAGCUGCUGCUGUUGGGUCAAUCCAGGGAGUUAGUGUAGCUCUUGGUUCCUCCAAGCCUUUCCAAUUUAAAGUUUGAUUGGAUGUUGAUUUUGUUAGACUUUUGGCCUUAUUAAAAGAGCUAUGCUUGGAGAGUGUACAUGAAAUUUAGAUGUUUGCCAUAUUUGAAGCAAGGUCUUUUUCUUUUGACAAA